UAGUUCAGCGCUUGUCGCUAGUGUUCGCUGCCAUGGCAGGUUAUAAAUGCGUCAAUUUCGUCGAUUUGUGCCGGCUAUGUGCCAGCAGUGGCGGAGGCAAAACUGGCAUUUUUUCGGAGGAAGGCAAAAGGAAAAAUAUUCUAUCAAAGAUAACUGAGUAUUUGAAAAUACGAGUGCAUGAGAAGGAUCGUCUGCCAAAAAGUGUGUGUGCUAAAUGUCUGAAGCAGCUGGACACUCAGGUGGAGUUUCGCGAGUCUGUUGUCAAGGCUCAAGGAAUGCUGGAAAGUUGUCUGAACUCGACUAAGCUGAAAAAUGGUGGAAUGGUUUACAUUAAAGACGACUCUCUUCGAGAGCAGCAAGCACUUGCAGCCAACCCCAUUCCAAGUCCAACUAAACCGAUUCCAGAGUCUACAGUUUCUCCCAUCACAGCUCUACCGACGGUGCAAACACAUGCUUUACCGACGCAAGCUCCUCAAAUUAAACUAGUCCCGGCAGCCGUUAGCAGUUCUACACAACAAGCGACGGCUUCAAUAUCUAGUGCACCCACAGUGACUACUCCGAUCAUUAUUAACAGUCCGGCAGGAGCAACACUUAUGGGAUCAAAUGCUGAUUUUCUCAGUAGUAUUAUUCAAGCGGUUGGAAUUCAGUCUGGAGAAUCGCAAACAUUGGCUAAUCAGCAGCAGUUACAAGCGCCUGCCAAGUACACAAUCACUCUAGACGGGCAAACGAUCAAAACCAAUCAGAUACACUAUAAAAUUCAGGACACGAAUCAGACGUUUGUGUCGGCUGGAGCUAGCGGAGAAGUUGCCCAACCUGUUACCACUCAGCAGAUGGACGAGUUUCUCAAGUUAAGGACACCGGUCAAGGCAACGAAAAGAGAGUUCAUCGAAACGACACCUCCUGAAUCUUCAUCGGCAAAGAAACCGAAAAUAAGUGUUGUGUUUAAAUCACCAACAACAGCCCAAUCUACGGUGACCCCAACUAAGACGACAAUUCAGACAACUCAAAAUUCUCCGAUUGGCGUAUCAAAUAGUCCAAUAACCAUCACUCCAGUGUCCCCAGCGACCAGUCUUGGCACCUUCUCAACUGGUGCGGUGAUUACCAGUACGCCUGCCAACGGUAGUGUGGCCUCCAGUAGCACUCCACUGAAAACCGCUUCUAUUCCGCUAUUGGAUGCCAGCAAAAUGAUGCAGGCCAACAAAUGCGUAGUUCCCAUCAUGUUAAAAACGGACAAUGGAGGAGAACAGAUAGCUUUAGCGCCGAUUGCUAACGUUGGUGACAUGAACAAGGCGGUUGUUCCCAGUGUGCAGUACGUGCAGAUGAAACUUCAGCCCAGCUCGGAUGGAAUGUUCAGACUAGCUCCGAUGCAGAUGCCACCUGCUCUCACGUUAACGCCCCAAGGCUUGCAGCAGUUCGGUAUACAGCCACUGCAAACGGUGCAAGCCCAACAAUCUCAGCAUCAGAUUCAAAUUCAACCUCAAACACAACUGUCAAUGCCAAGUGUCCAGGUGCCACUAUCAAACUAUCUCAGUCUAGUCGAAAAAUCCUCUCAAGUGCAGGCGGCUGUGGAAGCACAAACCGCUCAAGCGAAUCUGGUGAUUUCUGCUCAGCAUCUUCAACAGCAGCAACAAAUUCAGCAGCAGCAACAGCAACAACAACAACAACAACAACAACAGCAACAGCAACAACAGCAGCAACAACAGCAGCAACAACAGCAGCAGCAACAACAGCAGCAGCAUCAGCACCAGCAGCAUCAACACCAGCAACAUCCGCAGCAGCAGCAUCAGCAAUCACAACAGCAACAACAGGCACAGCCACAAGUUCAACAAUCGCAGGUCCAAAUGAUACACCGGGUUCACACUCAACCAACACAACAACAACAACCCCCACCUCCUCAACAAGUUCAUCACAAACCACAAAAAACUAACCCAUCUCCUUCAACAACACAGUCAACAUCCCAGUUGCAACAACAUCAGCCUUGUCGGAGACAGCCCGAACGCGAUGACCAGUUGAAUUCGUCCAGCGAGUCUGCGGAAGGAUCCCAGACGGCUCAAUCCAUCGCCGCCACCCAACAGAUGAAAGCCAUCUGUGCUCUGUCGGUAAAACAAGAGUCGACGGAACACGGAAACGCGGGCGGUUCCGGUAGUGGCGCCAGCGGUACGUCGGCGGUGAGCUUCACUUCGUGCAACGUUUGUUCGAAAUCAUUCAAACGCAAGGAGCACCUAAUGCAGCACCUGAAAUCGCACGUAGGAUUGAGACCGUUCAAAUGUGAUGAAACCGGCUGUCACAAAUCGUUCAGCCGGAAGGAACACUUGAUGAGGCACAUCGUUUCGCACACCGGCAAGAAGCUGUUUUCCUGUCCCGUGUGUCGGAAAUAUUUUUCGCGAAAGGACAAUCUUAACAAGCAUAAAAAAACACAUCAAGAGAACGGCAGUUCGGCACCGAUUCAUUGUCCCAUAUGCAACAAGGAAUUCUACAAUAAAGGUCAAUUCCUGAAACACAAACAAAUGCAUAGUUCUAUGUCGGCGAGAUCGGCAGAACAGAAGGUUUUCAAAAAGCUUCCAGCUAAAGUGGAAAAUGAUUCACCGUCUACUCAGCCUAUUGUCUCGCAACCACACCAUCAACAACAACCGCAAGUUCAGCAAACGCAGUUACCGACACAGCAACAGCAACAGCAGCAGCAGCAGCAACACCAACCAACCCAGCAGCUGCAAGCUGCACCCACAAUUCAACCGCAGCAAAUUUUCACAAUUCCAGCGCAGCUGCAAAACAACAGCAAGGGCCCGGUCAUCCACCAGUUGCGAAUCGCUAUGCCAAACAGUAUUGCCAACAUUGCUCAGCAGCAGGGCACCACCAUUCAGACGCUAGCCGGCCUAGCCGGCGGUGCCAGCAAAACGGCAACCGUUUACACCAUUCCGUCGAACUUCGUCAUCGACGGAACGCAAUUUAUCGGCACAACCGCUGCUGGCAGGGAACUGAUGAGCAACAUCAAAAUCGAACAGAUUACCUAGGAGCGAAAGGUACUGUGGAUCAACUAAUAACGGUAAUGGUCACAGGUUUAGUAUCCGUUGCGUUGAAUGUUGCGUUGUUGCAGAUGCAGGUGCGGGACCGACAGUUCUGUUGGGUUUCAUUAAUUGCCAUAAUGAGUCGUCGUUCUAAGUUGUUUUUUUUUUUUUUUCUGUUGCCAUAAUCGUGACUAGUGCAUUUAUAUUACGCUUUAGUUGAAACCAGUCGGUAUGUUUCGAAGCGAAUACGAGUGGUACAUGGGUUUAUUGGCUCGCAUUUGUCCAGUGAGCGGGUGGUUGAUCGAGAAUGGUAAAUCAAAAAUCUGUAGUAGAAGCAUUGUUCUAAAGGCUGUAUAGUUGUGCACUAUACGAAUCUUUCUAGCGCCAUAAAUACAAAAGAUAAACUUGUAUAUUCUUCAACAAUAUUGUAGAUAAUAAUUAACUCUACAGUUGCCUUAUACACCACUCUGUCGAAUUCUAUCUCGCUGUAGUCAAAAGUGCAUAUAUUGAGCAAAAAAAACCAAUGAAGCCUGGAACGGGGAGCUCUGCAUAGCUUUGUGGCAAGAACCAUAUGGUAAUAGUCGAGUCGAGUCAUUGGAGGGAGCCAGAGUUAGUUAGUCACCCCAGUCCUGUGUGUGGGAGCCCGGGUGCAUAGGAAUCAUCUCGAGGAAUUCUGCAGACGAUUCGUACAGAAUGCCUUGCCAAGGAUUCGUAUAUGGGAAUUCAACAGUGGAAUCCCCGGGAUACCUAUAACACUGUAAAGGAAUCGCGUUCACUAUGGACUACGAUUUCUGGGGAUUCUAGAAGCAGGAAUUCUCGCAUGUUAGUAAGGGAAUAGUGAUAAAGUCUUCAAGCCUACAACUUCAGGCAAAUCUGUUUGUCAAACCAAAUUUUCGAUACCUUAUGCUAGCGCUUUGGCUGCUUCGGUCAAUGCGAGCAAUACUUUUAGAAGACCACCCGUCCCGGCGGAUAUUCCAGUUAGCAGCUUUACGUCACAUCCUGGUACGCCUCGUCUAGGUCAGAUGCGCGUACAUUCCAUCGCGCUCUUGUGUACUAUCAGAAUUUCAGGGGUUUGCGGACUAAAAUUGUUCGACUGCGCUUAUUGCUAUUCAGUUGUAAGUAUGAUGUAGGCGAGUGUCGUCGCGGUUGGGCCACGUUUUGGAAUUCGCCCAUAACUUUCGUUUAAAAAGGAAUUUGGGAAAUCUCAAUACAUCGUUGCAAAGGUCUAAGAAUAAGGUAUAUUUCCGGAAAGUUUUGAACUGAUUGCUCGAAAAAUAAAUAAGCUAUAGACAUUUACGUGAAGACAAAAAAUGUUGUCAUAGUCAGGCCACAGAAAAUCUAAGACAUACGUAUUGAAAUUCUAUAUAGAGUCAUGAAAAGUAUUAAUUCCGUAAACAACGGCUCAUAUAGGUACAAAUACCCUAUUGUUAAUUGCAUUUUUGCGAAAUUUUGGCGAUCUUUAAAAAUCAAUAUUGAUACUUUUCCGAA